AUGUUGGGGUGGCUUUCCCCUGCCAUUCGGCGGCCAGAGAGUUUGCGGAACCCUCCCGAGAAAGUGUAUCCUGCCUCUGCGGAAAGAGUGCCACACGGAGAAGAGCAGCACGCGGAGCAGCAGGAAAAGCAUUUUUUGGAUGAUCCUCUGAACCCCCAAGUGGUAGCGGCGCGCACGGCUGCCCGAGUGCCUUUCUUUGAGGUAAAGGAGCUCGCUGAGCUUGAAAAAAAGGAGCUGAAAGCCAUCAAGGAGAUCAUUGGAAAAGAAGUUCGAGACCUCUGCAGGGAGAGUCUGGAUGACUACGUGGAGUGUAUGUCCAGUCGGACUCUAACAUUUCUACGCUGUCGGGGGCUAGCACGGGAGGCUCGCGGUUGUGUCGCCAAGUUUGAAACGCAAGAG